CCCUUCGUCUCCCAGCCGGAGCUUUCUCACGUCUAUAUCCCCUCGUUCUGGUCCCCUUCCAAGCCAGUCCUUCGAACUCCCCCGCCAUGGCCAUCACGCACGCAGACCUGUCGUCCCUGAGGACCCCCUGGCGCACUGACAUCGGCAACCGGAUCGCCCUCUUCCUCGUCCUCCUCUCCGUGCUCUGCGGUCUCUCCGGCUUCGUCCUUUGCCUCGCCGCCGAGGCCUCCCGCUCCGAGGCCACAUGGUAUCGGUUGAGCGACGGCAGCAGGAGCUACGAGUGCGUCUACACCGGCAGCGGGCGCACGCCGCUGGCUUGCGCCGUGUGCGCGUUCCUCCUGUUCGCGGUGGCGAUGUUCGCCGAGCACGCCUACAUGAUGGUGGCAGUCACGUGUCCCAGCCGCCCGGCACCGGCCGCUUGGCCGCUCCCAGACGAUCCACGCACGCUGUCGUCCACCGGUCGAUGGCAAACCUGCGCCCUCUUCCUCGCGACCUGGAUCUGCUUCAGCAUUGCUGAGGCGCUGCUGCUCAUCGGCAUCGGCGUGGAGUCCGGCCAUGUAAGCCAGUGGAGGCAGCCAAAGCCGGACUGCCAUGUGAUCAGGCCGGGGCUAUUUGCAGCAGCGGGAAUCUUCGGGCUGAGCACUGUCCUCCUCGGAGUUGGUCUGUAUCUGACGGCGCUGCAGGCGCAGAGACUACACCAGCAAGAGGACAACAUGCUGCGAGGCACCGCUCAUGUGCAUCACCCGCACCCGUUUCCUCCGACGAGCGCACCAUAAGCACCGGACACCGCACAAGAAGGAGAUCACCAGACCACUCAUAAGACUUCGACCUCUGCUUGAGCUUCAGCUUAACUCUUCGUCUUGAAUCCAUUUUCCGAUGGGGUUCUGAACACUAAUUUGAUCAUGUAAAUGUGCUGAUUAGCUUUG